CAAGACAAACGCUCCCAAGCAAGAAAACAAGCCACAUUCCAUACAAAAUCCAUCCCACUGUCCUUGUAGCUUGUAGGCCAUUCCCUAUCGCAUUACAUUCCUUCAUUCAUAACCCAAAAUGGCGACCAAUGACAUUGAACCUACCUCGCCGGAAUCCGGCAAAAACAAAGCUACCGUAGAGGCCCUUUACGCUGCAUUGGCUCUCGGCGACUCCGACAAGGUGGCCAAGCUCCUGGCCAGCGAUCUCGAAUGGUGGUUCCACGGGCCGCCUGGCUGCCAGCACAUGAUGCGGGUGCUCACAGGGGAAUCGGACUACUCGGCGUUUACAUUCCAUCCACGUAGCAUAACAGCUAUAGGCGACGACUGUGUGAUCGCGGAGGGGUGGGAAGGGGCGCAGGCAUAUUGGGUCCAUGCUUGGACGCUGAAGAACGGGCUGAUCAUGCAGUUCAGGGAGUAUUUCAACACAUGGCUGACCGUGAGAGAGGUGUCGUCGCCGAGGUGGGAGGUGGCGCGGACGAGUCAUACGCUGUGGCAGAGCCAGCCGAGGGACCGCUUCAACCGGUCGUUGCCAGCACUUUUGCUCGCAAUAUGAGGAGGGUUGUGCAUGCAUCCAGGUGGUUGGGAAUGAAAAUUUGGGGCUGGUGCGUGUGUCCGUACGUUCAAUAUAUGUUUGAUAAGAAAAUCAAGACCGCCCAUGUCAAAGUUGAAGGAAAGUGGAAAGAGUUGUAGUCAAUGAAGUGUCAAUUAUGUGAAUGUUAAAAUCAUACAUGUGUCGGACUAUGAAUCUUCGUCUGAAGGAAACAUCCUACAGGGCUCACAAGUAAACAAAAUGAUGGAAAUUACUCGAAGGACCACCAUUGGCCGAUCGAUUAAUUUCAAUCUUAUGGAUAAGCUUUCAAAUCGUACGAAGGAGAGUUUGUCUAGGGUUUCGUUUUGAUUUCCAUGAUCAGGCUACAAUUAGCGUAGGUCUUUACGCAGCACGACUAGCAAGAACCUGCACAUGCAAAAACGUUGUUUAAUUGCCAUCCGCUGCUAGAAAGACAUGUCUGUUUCCUCUUAUGUGGGAUAAAGAAUCAUUCGUCCUCUUAUUUUA